AAGGUAUAUAUAAGCAAUGAUCUUGGUGACACCAACAUUCAGCUCGAUAACUUGGGUUGAUAGUCACAAUGCGUACUCUUUUGGUCGCUUGCCUGUUUGUAGCAGCUGCUUUGGCGGCUGAAGGCGAUAAUGUAGACACCCUGAGGUACUUGAGGGUGCUGCCCACGUUGGAGACAUCGGGUCGCUACGACCCGGGCCGCUACGACCCCGGCCGCUACACCAGCAAAUACGACAACUCCGGCCGUUACAUCCCUGACGACUCUGGAAGAUACAACGGUGACCGCGGAGACCGCGGUGACCGCAGCGGUUUCUACAAUGGCGACCGCGGCGACCGUGGAACGGGAGGAGGCUACUACGUGCCCGAGAAGUCCACCGCUGCCCCGAAGCCACCGACCACCACUACCACUACUACCACCACUACCACCCAGGCCCCCACCACCACUACCACCACCGCCGCCCCCGUCGUCAUCAAGCCCAAGCCAACUCUCCCCCCGCCGCCCCCUAAGCCCGUAGUCACCAUCGCCCCCGCUAUCUACGACUACGGAUACGCCAUCAUCAGGUACGACAAGGAGGAGGACGCCGACGGCUACCACUACCUGUACGAGACCGAGAACAGGAUCCUGGCCGAGGAGGCCGGAAGGAUCGAGAAGAUCGACAACGAGAACAGCGGUAUGAGGGCCAGAGGUUUCUUCGAGUACGUCGGUCCCGAUGGCAUCACUUACAGAGUGGACUACGUCGCCGACGAAAACGGUUUCCAACCCGUUGGUGCCCACAUCCCAACCCUGUAAAUUAGUCAUACCAAAACAUUGUGAUGUAAAUAUAAACCUUGUGAUGUAAAAAUAUCGUUAUCUAUUAUUAGGAAAGUAGGCUUUUACUCGACGAUUUGAGCGCAAGUCGUUGAGUUAUAAAAAUGGAGUGUUAUAAACUAAUAAAUUAUUAUAUUAGUAA